AUGGCCCAUCGACCCCGUGUGGUCCUGUAUGACGCAUCGAAUGGGAAUCACGUGGCGUCCGGUUACGUGGAUCCGAUCUCGCCCACCGAGAGCGAGGGCGAGGAGGUUUACAACCCCAUCACGGGCAUGUUCGAGCGCGCUGGCUUGUUGCGAUACUCGAACUCCAAGUCAGGACUCGGUAACCCGCCGCUACACCAGUACGCUUUCCAAUCUACACCUCCACAGCCGGAGGUUAUCUACCCGGAUCGCGUCCGCAGAUGCGGCUUCAUGCGAGAAUCGACAACGCAGAUCAUGCUGGGCGCUAUUGCCGGUCUGAUACUGGGGAUGAUUCUGGCCAACCUGGACGUCUCGGACGAUGUUAGUACCCUCGUGAAUCUGCCGGGCAAAGUGUUUCUACAGGUACUCAAGUGCUUCGUCGUCCCCAUGGUGUUCACAAGUUUGUCCACAACCGUAGCCGACAUCGUACUACUUGGAAAAGUGUCGAUUGUCGGCACUCGCACUGCUUUGAUAUUCACAGGCUUGUCAUUCGUAGGAUCGAUGCUGUCUCUCUUGAUCUCCAUGCUUUUGCGUGAUCUUGUGCCACAUACCAAGGGCGUAGUCGCCGAGACUUCAUCGGCAUCCUUCAGUAUUAUGUGCGAGAAUGGCAGUUUCUUGACGUACAAUUCCACAGGCCUAGCCUCGUGCUCUGCGCCUUCGAUGGACAGCACGACGCGAUUCGAGUUUUUCGAUCCCACUAAGGUACUCCUGACUGAUGGAACAGCAAGCGCCGCAGCUACCGUGUCCAUGCAAAUCACGGACAUCCUGAACCAACUCGUUCCGUCCAAUAUUUUCUCCAGCUUCGAACAAGGUCUGAUACUGAGUGUGACCACGUUUUCCAUCGCCUUUGGAGCUGCUGCAGUAAAAACGAGUUCUCGAGAAAGUAGCCCGUUACUUGACGUGCUCAAGCAAAUGAACAAGGUGUUUUUCAGAGUGAUUAGCAAAGCGAUUGACUGGAGCCCGCUUGCCGUGAUGUCACUCGUGGCCGGCUCGUUAUCCGGACAGGAAAUGCUGGGUGAAGCUGCACGCCAUGUGGGUGUACUCGUGCUGUGCACGAUCCUCUCAAUAGUUAUCUUUGAGCUGGUGUUCUUUCCUAUCUUGCUCUGGUUAACAUUGCGGAAGAAUCCCUUCCCGUACAUGCGCGCCAUGCUUCCAGCCGCAAUGUUUGCAUUGGGCUCGUCGUCAUCACUGGUGACGCUUCCAGUGACAUUACGGUGUGUGGAGUCCACUCGAGAGGUUCCUCGUAGCCUUGUGCAGUUUGUGGUCACCAUUGGUUGCAUCCUGCACAAGAACGGCUCGGCCAUUUACUUUCCAUGUGCCCUAGUUUUCUUGGUCUCUACCAGCGAGAAUGCAGUGUCGUUGGGUUGGAUGCAGCUGAUUCUCAUUUUGCUUUUGUCGGUGCUUGGCUCCAUGGGCACGGCACCCAUUCCGAACUCCAGCGUCGUCAUGAUCUACUCCAUCUGGACGACGAUAUACCCAAGUGAAGAAGUACCCGCGAGCUACAGCUACUUGGUGGCCAUCAGUUGGUUCCUCGGACGACUAGUGACUGUGUGCAAUAUCGUUGGUGACGGAUACGUGGCUCGCAUCAUCGCCGAGCAAAUUGAAGACGAAGAUGUCGACGACUGCGAGAUGCACUGA